UCCAUAGAUCAUGACGACUUUGGCCUUCGAGUCAAGUCCUCCUGUUACUUCUAUGAUCCGGUAAUCACGUUCUUGAUGCGGUAUCGAGGCCUUCCAAGUCAACUCCGAUCCCUCUAGUUCUGCUGUAUAACGAGGCACUACGCUGAUCGACUGCUUCCCCACCCUCCACGAUGAAGGAGACCAGUCGCUUCGAUCUCAGGCGGAUGCAGUCCAGCGUUUGCUCCUCGGACGAUGUUGCGGUGCUGGUGAGGGUCUUAGCGGUGCUGCUGCUUCUGGUCGUCGCGGUCUCCGUCGUGAGCACGUCGACGGAGCAGAAGCUGUGGGCUUGGAGCGUCAGCUCGGAGGAGGAGAUCAGCUACCGGCCUCCCACCAGUCUGAUGCACAACAUGAGCGACGAGCAGCUGUUCGAGCAUGCGUUGAGGGUGAGCAAGCUGAGCAAGUAUCGAUCGAGGGGGACGCCCAAGGUUGCGUUCAUGUUCUUGGCGGAAGAACGCAUCUCUCUGACGCCUCUCUGGGACAGGUAUUUUAGAGGAUAUCAAGGGCUCUACUCGACCUACAUCCACAGUUCGCAGGGCGACUAUGCAGUGAAUUCAGUGUUCUACAAGAGGCAGAUCCCCAGCACGGCGUCCGACAGCAAAAGCUUCUCCACGAUAGACGCCGCGAGACGACUCCUGGCGAACGCACUGCUCGAUCUCUCGAACGAGCGCUUCGUCCUGCUGUCGCCCGCCUGCAUCCCGCUCUUCAACUUCAGCUUCACCUACAAGUACCUGAUGAGCUCCAAGUACAGCUUCGUGGAGGCCUUCGACAUGCCCGGCCCCGGCGCGAGGGGCCGCUACACCCCCAAACUCGCACCCGAGGUCGGCCUCUCGCAGUGGCGCAAGGGCACGCAGUGGCUGGAGGUGAGCCGCCGGGUGGCCCUCGUCGUCGUCAACGACACCACCGUGUACCCCAAGUUCGAUCGACUCCGCAGUGAGAUGAUCGUGCAGCACGAGCACUACUUCCCUACCGUGCUCACGGUCAAGGCCGCCCACAUCAUAGCUAACAGAAGCAUUACAUGGGAGCUGUGGAGAAGCGGGCAGUUCGAGCCGGUGACGUUCGGGAUGGAGGAUACCACAGAGCAACUCCUGCGGAAGAUCAAUGAGGAGCACGAGUGCUCCCACAAUGACAAGCCGACGGCAGUCUGCUUCCUCUUCGCCCGGAGGUUUGCUCCAAGUGCUUUGUGGCCUCUGCUGAAACUGGCACCCACUUCCCUUGGAUUUGGUUCUCGUGAAACUUAUUGAUGUUGUUGCCAUUAGAGUUCAUAUCAAUCUUCAAGAAUAAACCCAGAAUGUUCAGAAAUUGAGUUUUCUUUGCCUGAUCUGCUGACCUGAAACAAAUCUUUCUGCUCUACUUGUGUAAUUGGCUGCUUCAGCACAUUGUUUUGAGAAGCCUUUGCAUCACCUAUAACACAACCUUUGUAUCA